AUGAGGAUAUAUGGCGUGGAUUUAACGGGCAAACUUCCAUCGAAGUUGCCCCUCUCCGCAUUGGAUGCAGCUUACUUCCGGCCACUUGCAGUCAGUGCAUUGGCUUGCCGCUUGCACUUUGAAGAGGAGAUGUCCUUGAUUAAUAGCCAUAGUCUGGAGGAGCGAGAGGUGUAUAGACCUGUAGUGGUUGUUACUGAGAGAUCAGCAGGAUUGAAUUCCAUGUCUUCAUGUCGUAGAGGGGAAUUGAUUAUGCCUGGCACCUCUUCAUCCGAGACAGAAGUUGAAGUUGAGAAUAAUUGUAAAUGGAGCUUUCGUGCAGUUAAAAUUCCUGGGUGUGACAUAUUUAAGAUCACGAAGUAUAUGCAAUCCCACACAUGUUCUAUUGGAAUUUUAAAUCAUGACCAUAGACAAGAAACGACUACGGUAGUUGAUGAACUAAUCAAAGACAAGUUUACAAGCAUAGGACGUGUUUAUAAACCUUGUCACAUCAUCGAGGAUAUGAGAAAAGAGUACGGCGUAAACAUAAGUUACGAUAAGGCGUGGCGUGCAAGGGAAACCACUUAUGCUCUCGUCAGGGGUACUCUGGAAGAGUCGUACGCUGUUUUACAUGCAUAUGGUGAAGCGUUAAAGAUGGAGAAUCCAGCUACAAGGUUUGAAAUCGAACUUGAAAAUGAUGUCCAUUUCAAGUACAUGCUUAUGGCAUUAGGACCUUGUAUUAGAGGUUUUUCAAGUUGUCGACCUGUGAUAAUUGUUAAUGGAUCGCAUUUGAAAGGAAAAUACAAAGGGACCAUGUUGGUCGGCGUCUCCAUGGAUGGCAACAACCAAGUUUACCCACUAGCAUAUGACAUAGGGGACAAUGAAACUGAUCGAGCUUGGAAGUGGUUUAUGUCAAACUUGAAGUGUGUCAUUGGAGAACCCCCUAACUUGGUGUUUGUGCCCGAUCGAGCGGUAUCUAUUGGCAAUGCCAUUCAUGCAGUUUUUUCCAUAGCAUUUCAUGGAUUGUGCAUCUACCGCCUAAAAAAUAAUAUUCUUUCCAACUUUAAGGACAGUACGAUUGUUGGAAUGUUCAAGGAUGCAGCCAGGGCAUUUUGCAUGUCAGAGUUCCAAGCACACUGGGACUAA